AUGACAACACCGUUCCAACCCGCAUCGUCUCCCUAUUUCGGCGCAAACUCGGCCGACGCCAUCUUCACCGCCGCCAUGACCCGGCUAUACAUGUGGAUGACAGCCGGGUUGGUCCUCACCACAGUCGUCGGCUUCGCGGCCUAUCAGGUGGGUAUCGGAUUCUUCGGCUUUCUGAUUGCCUUGGUGCUGUGGAUCGGAAUCCUGUUUGGGAUGCGCUGGGCCUCGGAUAGGGCGCCCGUGCCGAUUCUGCUGGGACUCUACUUUACGUUUACCGCUGUGGGCGGGGUGAUGUUGUCCGGGGUAGCGGCCUACCGGGUCGAAACGCUUCUGUUUGCGCUGGCGCUGACGGGAGGCGUAUUCGUCGCGAUGAGCGUGAUCGGGCUGACCACGAAGAAAGACCUGACCAACUGGGGGCCCAUCCUCGGGUUCGCCCUGUUGGGCCUGGUCGUCAUGAUGAUAGUCAACAUCUUCAUCGGGUCGAGCUUCAUCGGCUGGGUGGUCACUCUACUGCUCUUGCCGGUAUUUCUGGGUCUGACGAUCUACGAGACCAAACAGGUGAAGGAAUUGGCCCAGGACGCCGCCGCAGAAGGCGACGAAGAGGCUGCGGGCAAGAUAGCGAUAAUGGGGGCCGUGGGACUGUACCUGAACUUCAUCAACCUGUUCCUGAUUAUCCUGAGAAUUACGGACUUUUUCGGCGGCGACGACUAGUUUACCACAACGAUUUAUCUGGCAGGGUGAUUUUCGCGACCGACUUGGACCUGAACCGUGCUGACAUGAGCGUACGCGAUUUAUCGCUCGGGCCGAAUACGAAGAACUAGAGCGAGAUGAGAACACCACGCCAUUCUUCCUGGAGGGAGUCUUGCCUUAGCGCUGAUUCUUAUGCUCGCUGCUGAGGCUGUGGCGGCUCUGAUGAGCGGCGGCUGGGUCAUCCUCGGACCGACCACCGCCAGGAAAGAAGAGGGAGGUUUUUUGGAUUUCGAGGAGGAGGGAGUUUCCUGGGUCUUCGAGAGACCCGCCUCAUCAGCCUGUUCCCGCCGUAAAUUGGGCGCGCGCGCCACCGAGGAUCCUCUAUGCGGCGCUCCGGUUUCCACCUGUGGCCCUGUUCGCCCUGCUUUUCGUCUCCAUCCGCAUCCGCAAAUCCCGCUGGCCCGCCACCGACUACCCCCAAGGUCCCGCGGGUUUGACCAUGCUCCCCAGCGACCUUCCGGCCCCGGCGGUGUCGGUGCUUGUAACCGUAAGGUCGGCCCGCAAACCUAUCUGUCCAUCCUCGUGGAUAUGCUCCAGAAGGGCAACUUGGCCAUCACCGGCACAUCCCACAAGGAAGGGAAUUACCAAUCCGACGUCAAAUUGGUCCGGCAGUUCGAACCCGAUCAACCAUGGGAAAAGGUGGUCUACGACGAUCUGCCCGUAUCCACGACUAACUCCAAAACCUUGGAGUCAUUCGUGUAUGGACGACAGGGGAACGCGAUCAGCACCCAUCUGGACGAGGUCCUGCAGUCCCGGGGCAUAUUUGACGAACCCCCCUUGCAGGUCAUGGCAGAACAGGGACAGGGUGAUCUGGCUAAAAUCGGGUGGUUCUUGGCCACAGCAAUCGUGGCCCUGGGCGUGGGCCUCUGGGUCAACUUCUGGCUGCCCUGGUGGGCCGGCGCCGCCGUCGGAAUCCCGAUAGCGUUGGUGUUCCAAAUCUACGCUUGGGAUGAGACCUCAGGACGCCUGAUCCCCACCCCGGCCGGGUUACGCGAGAUCAGCCUAUGGUCGGCCUUCGGACGAUCGAUCGGGAAUCGCCGAGUCUCCCCCUCCCUGGAUCCCAGCCAGCCCGACCCCCUGCUGCCCUACGCCGUGGCCCUGAACGAAGCGAGACAGUGGAUCAACGAGAUCAACGCUCUACCGCCCUGGUUUCUCCCCGACGCCCCCGGGGAACAGACCCGAGAGGGCCUCUACGCCGCCUACCGCGGUUUCAUCGGCGCCGACUCCUGGGAUUUGGACGGUGGCCCAAAAAUCAAGACCUUCUCUCCCAGGAGCGGCCCUGGCGGUGGCGGUGACGCUGGCGGCGCCUAG